UCAGGUCCAACAUUUACUAUUUGGGGAAAGAAUGCGUGCCCGAAUGUGAAUGGUACAGAAAUGGUUUACAAUGGAUUUACAGGUGGAAAAAGCUACUCAGAAAAGGGGGGUGGUGCGAACACACUUUGUCUUCCUCACAAUCCAGAAAAGCUACCGUAUGGUAUUUCCGUUAUAGACGGUGACGACUUCGGGCACCUGUAUGGAGCAGAGUACCAAUUCUCCGUACAUCGCGUCCACAUACAGGAAGAUGUUCCAUGUGCUGUAUGUCGGGUCAAAAUGGCGUCUUCUUCCAUCAUGAUCCCGGGAAAACACUCUUGUCCGACAUACUGGCGAAAGCAGUAUUCUGGAUUCUUGACGGCAAGUUGGCAUGAAUAUGAAAGUACAGAAUAUCUUUGUCUGGACGAUGAUCCAGAUUUCAUAGAAGGAUCCAGGCGCGACGACAACGGAAGGUUGUUUUACCCUGUGAAAACCGUGUGUGGUUCUCUCCCUUGCCCGCCAUAUGAGAACAAUGUUCUCGUGGGAUGUGUUGUUUGCUCAAAGUAGAAUAUAAUUCAUAAUAUG